UGUUGUUUUACGACAGUUUCCAGCAGCGGACGGCAUGACUCGUGCAAGUGUGAUUGAGUGUUGUUUACAAAAUUGACAGUUCUCUCAUCUUCUCUAAGUUAUUGUAGGCUUUAUAACGCGUUUCAUAUUGUGAAUUUAGAGUAUUAACGUAACCGAAGAAAUGGGGGAAGCCAAAGAAAAAGAGUACGCGUGUGGAACUAUCCUCUACAUUUCAGAAAUGCUUCUCUCUUGCUUGGGUUUGCUAAAUUAGCCAUGCUGCUAACUUACAAUUCAGCUAACUAGCAAGGGAAAAACUGCAUAUCUAUGUAAUCAACCAACCCUGUCUCCGUUUUUGUAGACUAAUAAAAAGUGAGAAUGCUAGGUAUGGGUUGACUAUCUAAAAGAGCUAGUUAUUUAUCUAUGUUGUUGCUAUGUGUCGGUAGCUAGCUAAUGCCAGCUGAUCUGAGCCGAGCUGAUGAUGAUGAUGAGCAUUGCUGAUGUCAUCAAUCAGCUGGUCGAAGCGCAUGAAGAAGGAAAUGACGUCAACUUCAACAAAUCGCUGUAGUGGCUGUGACGUGAAAACCCCAUCGUUGUCCUCACAUCAGUUUCACAGGAAACAUCUGUGUGUGGUCCGGACUCUUUGAAUACUCCACAGUCUUACACAGGCUAGCCGACGUCUAUGAGAGCCGUCGGAGCACGUUCUGAUCCCUACCGGCAGACCAGACAUCGGGUGGAACAGUUGAAGCAGCUGGGCCACCGUGUGGACAAGGUGGAGUUUAUAGUGAUGGGAGGAACCUUCAUGGCCCUGGCUGAGGAGUAUAGGGACUACAUUAUCAGGAACCUCCACGACGCCCUGUCAGGACACACCUCUAACUACGUAGCUGAGAACCUCAGGUGCUCGGAACGCAGUAACACGUGUGUGGGCAUCGCCAUCGAGACGCGUCCUGACUACUGUCUGAAGAGACACCUCAGUGACUUGCUGGGGUACGGCUGUACCCGGCUGGAUGGGGUUCAGAGCGUCUACGAGGACAUAGCACGGGACACCAACAGUUCCACAGAUGAUGCAAUCUCUAUUGAACUCCACACUGCCCUUUCCCACCUGGACAAAAGGAACACCUGUAGACCAUCCUUUACCAGACCUCCUACCAGUCCUCCUACCAGACUUUACCAGACCUCCUACCAGACUUUACCAGACCUCCUACCAGACUUUACCAGACCUCCUACCAGACCUCCUACCAGACUUUACCAGACCUCCUACCAGACCCCUUACCAGACUUUACCAGACCUCCUACCAGACUUUACCAGACCUCCUACCAGACCUCCUACCAGACUUUACCAGACCUCCUACCAGACCUUUUACCAGACCUCCUACCAGACCCCCUACCAGACCUCCUACCAGACCUCCUACCAGACCUCCUACCAGACCUCCUACCAGACUUUACCAGACCUCCUACCAGACCUUACCAGACAUGUCAGGCAUCAGAAGUUCUUUGAGAACCUGGCGUUCAGGCCGUACCCCACCCUGGUUAUCAAGGGGGACAUCCCCAUGCCUCUGGUGAGCUCUGGAGUGGACCGUGGUAACCUCCGAGAGCUGGCUCUGGCCAGGACGAACGAGACUUAA